UUGGAUCCCGGCCGACAUGGCGCACCCGCGGAUCUCCGCCAAGCUGCCCCCCGACAUCGACCCCACCAAGGCGCCCGUGGCCUUCGGCCGCCGAGGCCUCCCCAAGCUCAACGAGGAGCUGCAGGACCCCGAGCUGCUGACGCGGCAGCGGGCCCUCAUGGCGCUCUGCGACCUGGUGCACGACCCGGAGAACGUUUACCAAGCCAUCGACCUGGGAUUUCUAGAUAAUCUGAAAAAGCUGCUUCUAGACGAAGAUGGCACUGUGCGACAAAAAACUACAGAGGUCUUAUAUAUAAUGGCAACACACAGCAUUGGCAGGAUGAAUUUUGUAGAACAUGGAGCCAUCCCAGCACUGGCGCAGCUUUUGAAUGAUCCUGUUGAUAUCUGUCGGUGGAACAUGCAUUAUGCAUUGAAACUAGUAUCAGAAACACCUACAGGGGCCAUUGGGAUUGUAGAGAGCGGCUUGAUUCCAUCACUGGUGCAUAAACUGAAGACAGAGGAGGACAAUAUCCAGGAACUCAUCUUGGAGACCCUAACCGGCUGUCUGCGCGUUGAAGCCUUUGAGGCCUUGGCCAGCGGAGCUGUUUCCGUCCUGAAGGAGAAGCUUCAGGAACCCUCCCUAAACAUCAGGAGCAAAGCUGCCCAGGCCCUCAUGGCCAUAAGCGUUCCGUUGGAGGGGAAGAACAUGGUCUUUGAAGAAGAUGUUUUCCCUGACCUGGUCACCCUGCUGGAAGAUGAGGAUGCGGAGGUGCGAGCCAAUGCAGCUGGGGCCCUAAUGAACUCGGCAGUGACCACCCAAGGGAAAUACGCUGCCAUUCAUGCAGAAGCCAUUGACUAUCUGCUGCCUUUGAUCCAUGAUGAGAAGAGCAAAGUCCGCCUCUAUGCCAUUAAGGCCCUGACCAUGUUGUCAGAAGCCCCAGAAGGCCGCAAGACAUUGCUGAGGCACGUGCCAGAGUUCCAGAAGCGGAUGAACGACUCCAGCCCAGCCAUACAGAGAGCUGCCCAGAUUGCGGUGCAAGUCAUUGAAUGGAAACCUUAGAAAGCACCCUUAG